UUGUACAGGGCACGUGAUUGAUAUGCUGUUGUCAUAGUUACUGGUACACAAUGGAGUCUUGUGUGAGGUUUUCAUUAUCACCCAUUGUGUCAAGAGCGCCUUUUCUCUCUUCAUCGACAUCAAAAACACUAGCAUCUACUGGACAGAAACAGGUCUUUGAGUUUUUAGAGAAAAGGAGACUUCAGUAUAUUGUUAGGCAAGUCAAAAUGAAGUCGUCCACAGCAGCAAAACAGCAGAAAGAAGGAGGGGCUGGCGAGAGUAGCGGGGGCGAGCUCGCCGCGCCAAUUCAGGCGGGAAGAUAUCGUUUGUGUUUGGAAAAGGAACCUGAUAAAUUUGCAGAGCACAUAGUAGUUAAAGCAAAGGCCAACAUUAAAACUAAGAGAAAGAGAAGGAAAAGACAAUCACCUCCUCCGCCAUCACUUCAAUCAAGAACGACAAUGGCAUCAAUAUCAGAGCAAUCAAGACCACAAAAACUGACAUCGACCCCAAGACUAAAUUCAUCAUCAUCUACCCACCAGCAUCAAAUCAGUAUCCUAUCAGAUCAAUCAUUAACAUCAACAGGAGGAGUGAGCAGCACAACAAGACACAGCAUAUCACGAGAUCAGGAUCUAGUAAGACAAUUGUACUAUAGUCCACUCUACCAGCAAGUGCGAAGAGAAUGGAGGGACACUAUAGCACACAAGCAGAU